CCGCUGGCGGGGCUAGGCGGGCGGAGGCGGGCGGCCGACGGGCGGAGAAGGGAAGGAGUCCGGCAUGGCCGCAGCCUGCAAAAGGAUCGCCAUCUUCGGCGCCACCGGCAUGACUGGCCUGGCCACCCUGGCGCAAGCCGUCGAGGCUGGCUACCAGGUGACCGUGCUGGUGCGGGACCCAGUCCGGCUGCCGCCAGAGCCCCACCCGGCGCAGGUGGUGGUGGGAGAUGUUCUGAACCCAGCGGACGUUGACCGAGCCGUGAAGGGGCAGGAUGCCGUGAUCGUCAUCCUGGGCACCCGCAAUGACCUCAGUCCUACCACCAUGAUGUCUGAAGGCACCCGGAACAUUGUGGCGGCCAUGAAAUCCCACGGCAUCCGCAAGGUGGUGGUUUGUCUCUCAGCCUUCCUGAUGUGGGACCUGGACAAGGUGCCGGCCAAGCUGCGCCCAGUGACAGAGGACCACAUCCGGAUGCAGCAGAUCCUGAAGGAGUCGGGGCUGGACUGCGUCUACGUCAUGCCCCCCCAUAUCGCAGGUGAUCAGCCGCUCACAGGCGACUACACCGUGACCGUGGACACUUCCAGCGGCUCCAGAGUCAUCUCCAAGCACGACCUCGGGCAUUUCUUCCUCAAAUGCCUGGCCACUUCCGAGUACGAUGGGAAGAACGUCUACCUCUCCAGGCAUUACCCCAAGGAAUGAGGCUGGCCAGCCGGCCAGCAUCACCCUGUCGGCCUCUCUCUCUGUCUCCGAAGCCUCGUCCCAUUGACAAAAGGGAAAUUCUCCAUCGCUGAUGCCACCCCCUCCAUCCGCCCAACCCUCUCUCUGCCUCGUGUGCUAUAAUGAGUGCCUUUCUCCCCUUAACAUGAGCCAUGGGGGUGUGAGCUGCCCACCCAACACCCUCCAUGCCACAAAGGCACCUUGACUGGUGUUGCUGCAUGCCUGUGUUUUCCUGUGUUAAACAGUGGCUGUGCUUGUCCCGUUCUCUCUCUCUCUC